ACAGGAAUUUGUAUGCAUUUGCUUUUCGUUUUCGUGGUCUCGUUUGUGGAAAUCAAGCCAUCAUGACAAAAGUCCGGAGAUACUAACGAACUUUUCCAAAUGGUAUCUGUCUUAACGGCCAGGGUUGAAGAACUGGAACAUGAUCGAGAGAAAGAAUCAAAGGAAUUCGUAGUCCUAGAAGAAAGGGUAAAAUCAACGGAAAACGAAAGCUACUAUCUCCGUAAACGCGUUAACCUCUUAGAGACUCAGCAAGCUAUUUCAAUGUCUAACCAAACAAGGGCCAAUCGGGCAGCAAAUGCGUAUUCAGGAACUACAGCCUUUUAUUACUACCUUGAUCAACCAAUAACUAAUCCAUCUGAGGAGAAUACCAUUAAAUUCGACAAGAUAAUAUUAAAUGAAGGCGACGCCUACGACCCUUCCACUGGAAAAUUCACCUGUAAGACAGCAGGGGUAUACGUGUUCAUUUGGAGCAUGGGAGAAGUUGCUCAUGGCGACGUCUACACUCAACUAAAAAAAGGCGGUGACACCGUUGGUUGGAUGAUAACCGGAGACACACUAUAUGCAACAUCGUCUACAAAAUCAGCUAUUUUACGUCUAAAUGUCAGCGAAACAGUCUAUGUCAAAAUAUCGUAUUUCGAAAGCGCCCCAACGAUAUGGGAAAAACAGACAUCUUUUUGUGGCUUUUUGCUGGGGUAGUUUCAGCAAAGCGGAGCUCAUGUUGUAUGCGUUUAUAUAAUAAAUACAAUGGCAGCAAGAU